AUGACUAGUCGCGCCUUUGGCUUCAUGGACCUGUUAGUACCACUUCAGUUUACCGCUUUUGUAGAAUUGGUACAACCGGGCAUUCGUGCCUGUUACGCUUCGGUCUCCUUGACGCGACUAAUCUGGACGAACGGCGGUUCGCAGCGCAGUAAUUGGGCUGGAAGAGGCAACAUUGGAGAAAUCAUCACCAACGAUGAGUUGUGUCGAGCUAAAGUGAACCGAAUACUAAUUUAG